CAUCAUGCACCUCCCAACCUUGUGCAUGGACCAGGAGUGCGACAAAGAAAGAAGACAUGGUCCCCGUGCACAAGCUGGACUUAAGUAAGCCCGGGAUGCCAAGCAGGCGUCUUCCUGAUGAGCCCAACCAUGUAGCCCAUGACUACAACCCCGACGACAGGGCCCUCUUCCAGGAGAUCCUGAGGCUGAACCCAAAAGCGGUCGUCCUCAGGUCUAUACCUAAGAUGAACGACGAGGACACAGAUUCGGCACCUGAAGACGAGCAGUCUUACACAUUCUUAAGGAAAGUGAGACGGACGGGGGCAACGAGAGCUUCACUGCCAUUCGACAUGUUUGUGCCCAUCAACGAAAUCGAGCGGAUCGAGAAGAGCACGCGACGCCAGGCAGUAACCAUAUUCUGGCGGCAAGUUCGGUAUGGAAGAAUAACUGCCUCGGUACUGAACAAGGUGCAGACGAUGAGGGAUAGUACGUCGCCGAAGGCCACCCUGGACCUGAUCCUGCAGAGGAGCCCUCCCGUCGACACUGAGGCCACCCGCUGGGGGAUCGAGAAAGAGCCAGUGGCGAAGAAAGCAUACCAGGAGUACAUGUGCACAAAGCACAACGACUUUCGGCUCUGCGACGUUGGAUUUGUGGUCGAUGUCAAGGUUGUACCUACAACAUUUAUCGCAAUUUUGAAUAUGCAAAAGCAGAUAUUUUUGACGCAAAUUUCUUGAUUUAUAUUGCAAUGGCAACAACUGUAACACUGCUGCAACAAGUCCUAUGGUGUUGGUGGUUGACUUGACCGACCUGAUAUAAUGCAACAAUUCGCAUGUCUUGCAUUCUGGAGGAUCUAUGCGCCGGGAACGAUUGUAAACUCACUUUUAGUGCCUUAAGCAGCCUGUGCCUUAGCAUGACUUGCCAUUGUCAACAUGGCUAUUUCUGCACUCCACACCUUGGGUUCCUGUGGCUGCAGUUUCUGCUUCCUAGCACUUAUUUUAAACACGGUAACAUACAAAGCAAACAACAGUUUUCGAAACUACACUCUUCCAUAUCCCCAGAAAAGUGCAUUACCAUAACUAUCCAUUUUAUUAUCAAAUCAAUUAUUGUACAUAAUAUACUGCUAAUAAGAGUAAGAAGCACCUAAUGCUUUAUUCCAAUUUCAACCCACUACAUACGUCGCUCUUCAGUGGAGGUGCAGAUAUCGCUGAAUCAUGCAUUAAAGAGAUGCUGAACCAAAAUCUGGCUUCCCCAAAACACGCGGCAAAAGCGUGCAACGGGAUGCUACAAACACCAAACAUCACUCAUACAGCGAUAUCUCGAACGGAUGACCGUAUCUCUCAAAGGAGGCGCAUUUGCCAGGAAUGUUGAUGUCAUGUUUCUCCGAGAAGGACAGGGAACGGCCUCGCGUCUUCUCCGCCUCGCCGCCUUGAUGGAG